GAAUAUCAAACAAUGGGUACUGUUUUUUCAGAACUUUCUUCUCCGUCUCCCUCCAUUCCAUCCCAACCACAAAACCCUGAAAGCUCCGCCGCCUCCACCACCACAGCCGCCGUCACCAUGGCUGAUGAAAAACCUAUAAACCCAGAAACAGAAUCCCCUAAAACCCUAAACCCAAAUCAUGAAAACCAAAACCCAAAUGAAAAAUCCAAAGAUACACAAAACCUUGAUGAGAAAUCCAAAGAUACACAAAACCUUGAUGAGAAAUCCAAAGAUACACAAAACCCAGAUGAGAAAUCCAAAGAUACACAAAACCCAGAUCAUAAUUCGAUAGAUACAGAUCAGAAACUUAUAGAUACAGAUAACCCAGAUCAAGAAAGUGAAAAUAAAGAAGGAGAAGAAGAAGGGGAAUGUGGAUUUUGUUUAUUUAUGAAAGGUGGUGAAUGUAAAGAAUCAUUUAUAAAUUGGGAAAAAUGUGUUGAAGAAGGUGAAAAGAAUGAUGAAGAUAUUGUAGAGAAAUGUUUUGAAGUUACUCUUGCUUUGAAAAAAUGUAUGGAAGCUAAUGAAGAUUACUAUGGUAUGAUUUUGCAAGCCGAAAAAGAUGCCGAACAACAAGUAAAGAAUCAGUUAGAUCAAGAGAAACAAGAAGAAAAUGAGAAAGAAAAAGGUGUUGCAGAAGAAGUGAAAUCAGGGGAGCAAGAACCUGAACCGAAACCGAAACAUGAAAGUUAGGUACUUUUUUGAAAGAGGGAUGUUUUAAUAUACUUAAACUUGAGAUUAGUGAUUUUAGAGUAAUAAAGGUGAUAAAUUUUGCUAUGAUCAGUUAACGUCUAGCGUAGAGCCUUAAUGAUUGAUUGCUUGGCUAAUAUUGUUUUGAAAUGAAUUUGAUCUCCUCAAAUUGAGGAUGACGUUGUACCA